UUGUAAAAAGAAAAACCAAAACAAAGCUCAAUCAUGGCUACUCGGAGAGAAGUACGGUGCCGGUGCGGCAGACGGAUGUGGGUUCAACCAGACGUCCGUACUGUCCAAUGCUCAACCUGCCACACCGUCACGCAGCUCUACUCGCUCGUGGACAUAGCGCGCGGUGCAAACCGCAUAAUUCAUGAACAACAACAACAACAACAACAAAUGAUGGCUCAACCGCCACCGCGGCUGCUUGAGCCCCUUCCCUCGCCGUUUGGGAAGAAGAGAGCAGUUUUAUGCGGCGUAAACUAUAAGGGAAAAAGUUAUAGCUUGAAAGGUUGCAUCAGUGAUGCUAAAUCCAUGAGAUCUUUCUUGGUUCAACAAAUGGGUUUCCCUAUUGACUCUAUUCUCAUGCUCACAGAAGAUGAAGCAAGCCCGCAGAGAAUACCGACGAAGAGAAACAUUAGGAAAGCGAUGAGAUGGUUAGUUGAAGGGAACAGAGCAAUGGACUCACUAGUGUUCCAUUUCUCUGGUCAUGGAUCUCAGCAGAAAGACUACAACGGAGACGAGAUCGAUGGUCAAGAUGAAGCCUUGUGCCCUUUAGACCAUGAAACAGAAGGAAAAAUCAUUGAUGACGAGAUUAACCGGAUACUCGUGAGGCCUCUCGUCCAUGGAGCUAAGCUUCACGCUGUCAUCGACGCCUGUAACAGCGGGACUGUCCUUGAUUUACCCUUCGUUUGCAGGAUGGAGAGGAAUGGUUCUUAUGAAUGGGAAGAUCAUAGAUCAGUCAGAGCUUACAAAGGAACAGAUGGUGGAGCAGCUUUCUGUUUCAGUGCUUGUGACGAUGAUGAAACCAGUGGUUACACUCCUGUGUUCACGGGGAAGAACACAGGAGCCAUGACUUAUAGCUUUAUAAAGGCGGUGAAGACCGCUGGACCGGCCCCCACGUAUGGCCACCUGCUUAACCUUAUGUGUUCUGCAAUACGAGAGGCCCAGUCUCGUCUCGCUUUUAACGGGGACUACACAAGCUCUGAUGCAUCCGCGGAGCCACUGCUAACAUCAUCUGAUGAAUUCGACUUGUACGCGACAAAGUUUGUACUCUGAAAUGCUGUACAUAUGUAUAUCGCUUAUUCUGCAAAUUGCUCGGAAACGUUUUCCACAUAUACACCUACUUUUUCUACCUGUAUGUAUCAUGUAAUGAUGAUGUCUGCAGCAAAACUUGUAAAAGCUACAUAGCCUCUCUCUUCUUACGAGCAAUAAAGCUAUGAAAUGAUU